UCACUCUCUUAGUACCGAUAACAAGAACAAAUUGACAAGAAGCAUUGCAAUUAAGUUUCACCAAACAAUAACCCGCAUAAGAAUAUAGCUCUCUGAACCCCAACCAUGUCCGUAGCUUUCUCGCAGCAGAGCUUUCUAACCAACGCCCUCACUCCAACACGCAAACCCAACAGAAGUAGAAAGACACUGAUUCCUGUGAAUACCAUACCAACCUCACGUUGUGGGUACCAGCCAAAUGAACCCAAAGAUUCCCCCAGGAAAGUUGAGAACCAGUUUGCUAAGCUGGCAAUAGUGACAUUGGCAGCUGGCGUUUUGACGCUCGGGUCGGUAGACCCUGCAUCGGCCGCCAAGACAGGCGGUCGAGUUGGCGGUCAGGCUUUCCGGUCAUCGUCCCCCCGGCCUUCCGGACCAAGAACCAAUAAUUCAAGGACCAAUGUUUAUAUCAAUCCUCCAGUUGCUCCACCCCUAGUUGGUGGCUACGGCUACGGCUAUGGUGUACCGUUUUAUGGAGGAUGGGGUUGGUCGCCAUUUUCAUUCUUUGCACCUGGUCCGAGUGUUGCAGUUGGCAUUGGAGGUGGAUUCGAAGUGCUUGCUCUCUUCAUAUUUCUUGGAGCCGCUUCUGCUGUCAUCAGGAGAUUCUUCGGUUCAAGGGAAGAAGAAGAUGACGAUUACUAGUACGACCUAAACCUUCUUAUGCAUGCAUCAACUCAAGGUAGUUUUGUUUAGGGGGCUACUAAACAGCAGGAUGUCGUAAUUAUGGGCAUUCAACAUGUAACUAAAAUGAACCUCUGCGUUAAUUCCCUUACAAAUUGCAAUGGUGAUGAUGCCAAUCAGCUCUUGCUUGAUGUGAUAUUUCUAGUUUGAUUUUCGAUGCA